CAGUAGGUUUGAAUCUUUGGCAGUUGGUUCAUCAAACUAUUUAACCUCUCAGCAAACUCCCUGUAUUGCUUGUGCAGAAAGUUUUCUGAAACCUUCCUCCUUUUAACUUUACUUUCAUAUGCAUAAAUCCAAACUCAAUUCUUUCACAAACAUAAACACAUUUUUCUGUCAAACAUGAAGCUCACGGCGCAUCUAAUGAUUCUGAUUGUCACCCUUUUCGGGUCUGCCAUUGAUGGCUACCAUUGCAAAGUUGUUCAGUUCAUUUUCGGUGACUCCCUUUCAGAUGCCGGUAACAACAAGUACCUCUCCAGGAGUCUUGCUAAUGCAAACCUGCCCUGGUAUGGUAUUGAUUUUGGCAAUGGGCUGCCUAAUGGCAGGUUCACCAAUGGCCGCACUGUUGCUGAUAUAAUAGGUGACAAGACUGGUCUCCCAAGACCGCCAGCAUUUCUGGAUCCAUCUUUAACUGAAGAUACCAUAUUGGAAAAUGGAGUAAAUUAUGCCUCUGGUGGUGGUGGGAUUUUGAAUGAAACUGGUGGUUACUUUAUUCAGAGGUUGUCACUCUAUAGGCAAAUUGAGCUAUUUCAAGGGACACAAGAACUUAUAAAAAGCAAAAUUGGCAACCAAGAAGCAGAGAAGUUCUUUCAAGAGGCCCGUUAUGUGGUUGCUUUAGGAAGCAAUGACUUCAUCAACAAUUACUUAACAGGAGUUUACAGUGAUUCAUGGAAUUACAAUGAUAAAAGUUUUCUUGACUACUUAAUGGAAACACUUGAAGCACAACUCAAGAUAUUGCACAAGUUGGGGGCUCGGCAAUUGAUGGUGUUUGGGCUAGGGCCCAUGGGUUGCAUUCCACUCCAAAGGGUUCUAAGUACAGAUGGGAGCUGCCAGCAGCGAACCAACAAACUGGCUAUUAGCUUCAAUCAAGCUGGAAGCAAGUUAUUGGAUAAUCUGUCAACCCAACUUGCUAAAGCAAGCUUCAAAUUUGGCGAUGCUUAUGAAGUUGUCAAUGACGUUAUUACCAAUCCGCAAAAAUAUGGAUUUAAUAACUCUGAUUCGCCAUGCUGUUCAUUUGGGAGAAUUCGACCGGCUCUUACAUGUUUACCUGCAUCAUCGCUGUGUAAAGACAGAAGCAAGUAUGUGUUUUGGGACGAAUACCACCCAUCAGAUAGUGCUAAUGAGCUGAUAGCUAAUGAGCUCAUCAAGAAGUUCGGAUUUCUCCGCGUCGAUGCUCCAUCUCCUGCACCUGCUUUCGGUCCAUCCUCAGAGACAGAUGAAUAACCUAUUGUUCCAUAAAAGCUACAAAUAACUGUGAGGAGAGCAGCUUCUUUGCAUUCUUCAGUUGUUAGCAGAAUCAAUACGUAUUAAUGUUUUUGUAAUUGUUUCUUCAUUUGUCACAAGUAACAGUGAUGAGGUUUUGAGUUGAAUUAUAGUAAAAUUCUGAAGAAUAUAUAAUUCUUCUAUUUUAUGUUAUGUACUCAUAUAAAUUAAUUAAAUGUGAUCUCAAUUGAAUAAUGCUGAUUAUCACAA